AUGUUCGAGUAUCACGAUGCUCCUAUAGGAGGACUUCGUGGCCGAGAGAAAACACAUCUCACGGUGAGUCGAGACUUUUACUGGCCCCGCCAGUAUCAGUUUGUGCGAAAGUAUGUUCGCGCAUGCGAAGUCUGCCAACGAGUGAAGUCAAGUCCUUCACUGCGUGCACCUUUACAGCCUCUACCGGUUCCGGCUGAGUGCUGGGAAUCCAUCUCAAUGGAUUUCGUCUUCGGGUUACCCAAAGACGCACGCGGGAAUACGGGUAUUCUCGUAUUUGUUGACAGAUUCAGCAAAAUGGUACACCUCGUGGCUGUACCAGAGACAAUCACGGCAAGUGGCUGUGCUUGUGUCUUUAUUGACACCAUCUUCCGACUUCAUGGGUUGCCCCGUGAACUCGUAUCAGACAGAGAUCCACGAUUCACUGCUGAUUUCUGGCGUCCCGUGUUCAAAUCACUCGGAACGCGCUUGAAGAUGUCGACAUCUGAUCAUCCAGAGUCAGAUGGUCAGACGGAACGUGCCAAUCGUGUCCUUGAAGAGAUACUUCGAGGAUACGUACACUCCUUUAAGAGUUGGAGUGAGUUUUUGCCAAUGGUAGAGUUUGCCAUCAACAACUCGGUGCAUGCGUCCACGACACAUACACCGUUUUACGUGAAUGGCUUGCGCCAUCCGCGUGUACCCAUCUUACUAGAGUGUAACUCUGGUUUAAAGGGGGGAGGGACUCGCGCGAGCAAAAACCGAUUUGGUUCACGCUCAUCAAGCUCUGACGAAGAGGUCAUUGCGUUUGAUGCCAAUAUCGAUAACAUCGAUAUCGAAGAAGAUGAUGCCAGUGAGAGUGCGGAAGCCCUCACUGAAGAAAAGGUUGAUGUUGCUGCAGUGCGCUCACAGCGCACUGAAGAUAACGAGUCAUCAGAUGAGUUCAUGCUGGCUCGUGAAACGGUAAUAUGUUUUGUGCAAGAUUCCAUCUCCGAAGCGGUGGAUAAGCAAAAGCAAAACGCUGACAAGAAUGGAAGGGCAAACACUCUUUUAUUUAAUAAAGGUGACUUAGUCCUACUAUCUACGGUUAAUCUACCAAAGCAUGUAGUGUGA